CAGACCAUCUUCGUCCCGGUAGCCAAAAUGUCGGACCUGACGAAGCAGUUUGGAAAGGGCCAGAGGACUGUGCCGGCCCAGAAGGCCCAGAAAUGGUACCCCGUUGAUGACGAGUCGCAGGUCAAGAAAGUCCGCAAGACUAUCCGCCCCGCCAAGGUCCGCGAGAGCCUCCAGCCCGGUACUGUCUUGAUCCUCCUCGCCGGUCGCUUCCGUGGAAAGCGUGUCGUUCUCCUCAAGCACCUCGAGCAGGGUGUCUUGCUCGUCACCGGUCCCUUCAAGAUCAACGGUGUUCCCCUCCGCCGUGUCAACGCCCGCUAUGUGAUCGCCACCAGCACCCGCAUCGACAUCAGCGGUGUUGACGCCCAGACCGUUGAGAAGGUCUCCGCUGCCGACUACUUCACCAAGGAGAAGAAGGCUGAGAAGAAGACCGAGGAGGCUUUCUUCAAGCAGGGAGAGAAGCCCCAGAAGAAGCAGGUCGCCAGCGCUCGUGCCAGCGACCAGAAGGCCAUCGACCAGUCCAUCCUGGCCUCCGUCAAGAAGGAGAACUUCCUUGGCAGCUACCUCGCUUCCAGCUUCAGCCUCCGCAACGGUGACAAGCCCCACGAGAUGAAGUGGUAGAUGUGUGACGCGGCGGCCGCGGGUUCGGUAGUUUUUGUGUGGAGGAAUCCUGUCAAAAGGCGGCUAACCAUGCAAAGUCGGCGUUUCUCUCGGUCAAGUGUGGGAAAAGCGAACUUGCAACGCCGGGAAAGGGGACAAAAGACCAAAACAAAAGAAAUCAAAAAACAAAACCUUUCAUGAAAUAAAUGUAACUCGAUUCAGGCCUCAUGUUUGCUUAGGAUUGCGGUUUUUUCAAGAACUUUUUUAAUGCGGACAAAAAGGACCAAAAGAAACCGGUUUGUUAUCUCUUUGUUUCACGAAAACCCCCCCGUUUUGUUUCUUUGGGUCUGCUCUCGUUUGUUUUUGCCCAUACCCCCUUUCCCAGCG